AUGCCUUCGUUUUUCACCCGCCUACGCACCCUCUUCGGAGGCCCCUCCACGCCCACCGGCCCCUUCCCCAAGAUUGGCAUCAUCGGCGAGGACAGCGUCGGCAAGCUCGCCCUCCUGCGCCAUCUCAGCGACACCCCCAUCAGCCAGUACACCCCCGACAUCAACGUCCGCAACGCCGAGGCCCGUCUCGGCACCAACCACCAGCUCGGCUUCGACUAUGUCGUCGUCAACCUCAGCGCCAACGGGCCCCGCCGCUGGGUCGAGCUGAACGCCUCGCUGUACGCCGAUUCCGACGCCCUCGUCGUCGUCGUCGACUUCUUCAACCCCGCCGAGCUGGACACCCUGCGAUACCAUCUGAUGCUCUCCGUCCGCGGCGGCGGACGGGGCAAGCUCGACUUCUAUCCGACCGUCAAGAAGGGCAUUCCCUGGCUGGUGCUGGUCAACUUCAAGGCGGAGCCGUUGGUGGGUCUAGACUCCUGCAUUCCCGAGACAUUCCCGAGGGCGAAGUGUGCCCACCAAGGGGGACAACCGGCUGAUUCAUGGUCGCAACAGAAUAAAGACGAAGCCAAGGAACAGGUGGACCGGUUAAAGUUGGACGAAUUGGGCGCGGACUGGGUAUGA